CUCCCUCCUCUUCCUCUCUUACGCUAACCCUCUCCCCUGUUGUCUCUAUCGUUUUUUCCCUUCUUCUUUCCCUCUGGUUCUUCCUCUUUUUUUUUUUUUUCUCUUGGACUCCCUAUCUCAAAACGGCAAGCUCAUCCCCUGUUCCGCCUCAUUACCGGAGAAUCACAUGGAACUAUUUAUGCUCUUUGCAUGACGGGGAUAAUGAACCUUCGAAACAUGUGUUUACAUGUUUGCAUGAGAGCUUCAAAGCAAAGGAUAAUAAAGGAUUUAUGUUUGUAAUUACUUAUAUUGUAAAUUUAAUGUUUUUACAUUUGGAAUGAUAUUGUAUUUGGAGUAAAGUUAAAGUUUUUACAUUUAGAAUGAUAUUGUAUUUGGAGUGAUUUUAUUCUCAAAGAUGUGUGUUUUUGUCGUGUGAAAAAGAAAACGACUUUCAAUAUUGGUGAAGUAAAUUGUGUUUUUAAACAAUGUUGAAUUAUGAAAGGUGAAUUAGUAAUCUUA